CUGAACUUCUUGCUUUGACACAUAUCUGGACAUUCAGUGGAUAGUAGCCCAGAAUGUCCACCAAAAAGGCUCUCAAGUCAAUUCAAGGUCAUCUGAAGGAAAAGAAUGCCGAGUCGGCUCUCUAUGAAGCUACAGAGCUGCUGAAAUCGAUCGAUCAUGAGGAUACAGAUGCCGCUCAAUGUCUUGUCUUCAGAGGUCUUGCGCUGACGCAGCUGGAGAAACUGGACGAGUCUGAAAAGUCAUAUCUUCAAGCCUACAAGCUCCAGCCGAACAACCCUCUGGCCGCCAAAGGAUUGACAAUGCUGUAUGAAAAGACGCAGGACUGGGACAAGUAUGGAGUGUUCUUGGAGAAUCAAACUCAAAGAUUGUAUGACAGUGGAGAUGCCGAGAACCUUGCAGGUACUCUUGAAAGGCUGAUUGGGAUAAGGCAAGAACAUGGCCCCGAAGAAAAGCUCUACAAGACGCUCGAGCUUCUCUUACCUUCAUCGCCCCUCGUUCCCCUACUGCAAUCUGUUGAAGCUUCCAAAGACUCUUACGUCCCCAUUGCCGUCCCCGAAUACCCUACACCGGCCGGCAAACUGCCUGUCCUCCCACCACUUCCCCAUCCAUCACUCAUCGCCGGCUCUCUUGCUAUCGCCCUGAACGUCCUCAUCCGUUUUGAAACGACUCUCAGUGCCAAAAUCGCCGCCCGGGUCGCCAACGACCGUAAGCGUAUCAACGCUGGGUCUGAGGCGGAGGUACGAAAGAAUGUGGACAGAGAGAUUCUGGCGACAGAGGGCUUGAAAUUGGCGGAACUUUGGAAAGAGGUUGGAGGACAUCCUGCCGUCGAGGAUGACAUUAGGCGACAGGUGGAAAUCAAGGAAUUCAACUUUUGGCGAAGGCUUGUGGCUUGUCUUGAUGCCAAGCCCAAGACAACCGAUCGACCUGCAGCCAAGCCUAGUGUCCCAUCGGCACCAAAGUUGAAGCUCGCCGUGUCUAGGCUUUCUGAGCCGGCGUUGUUCCAGGAGAAGAAGGAUCUGGUGGCGCCGACCAAGCAGGAAGCUCUGGAUCAUGCCGACGGGCUUGCCAAUGGUUUUGUUCUUCUUGGUGUCAACAGCGCUGGGUCCGAAGAGGGGUGGUCUUGGGCCUUGGAAGGAAGGGACGAGGAGUCUAUAUACUACGAUAUCGAUCUCCUCCACAAAUAUGCCUGUGCCUUCCCCUUCUCGCCCUUGGCGGACUUUAUCGACAUCUACUGUCGCUGGUUCAAACGUCCUUCUCCUGAAUACGAGCAAGAAAAAGACAACGCCAGCUUGCAAGAGCGUACUCAAUUCAAGAAACACAAGGGCGGCAAAGCCUCGCGGGCCAGACGACAGGUGAGAAGGGAGAAGGAGGGACAGGAUGAGGGAAAGGUUGUGGUAUCGGAAGAUGUAGAGCAGGAAGAGAAGGAAGAGAUGAUUUCACUCUUGACAAAGAUGAUUGUCGAGCUGCCAAAGUCACUGUUUGCGUACAGGGCCAUGGCAAGGGUCUCUUUGCAAGAUGAGGACCUGCCAAAUGCCAUCUCCUUCGCCGAAAAAGCCCGAAAGCUUGUAAAGGAGAUCGAGUCUCAGCGAGGAAUCACUCUUCCAAAGGCCCAAGCGGAUCUUGAUACCGUCUUGGGUGUUGCCCUCGUCCCAUACUUUCCUCCUAAGCACCACAAGCGAGCUACUCGAAUCCUGGAGACCGUUCUCACCGCCAAGCCAGGAAAUAUCGAAGCUCGUUUCUCCCGCGCUCAAGUGUUUCAAUAUGCCGGAGACUGGAUCAGCGCGCGCGAGCACUUUCAGCAGGUUCUCGACUCGUCACAGGAUGAGAAGGCGAUCAUCACUGCAAAGGAAGAGGUUGGGUGGUGCCUCGUCAACGAAGGCAAGCUCGAAGCUGGUCGAGAUGUCUUGGAGGAGGUCGUUGGGAUCAGAGACGGGAAGAAUGAAAGGGAGAAGGAAGAAGAGGCCAAGGAGAGGAGUAGAGCUUGGUACAGAUUGGGUCAGACCGAGUGGAGGAUUGGGGACGAUGAGGCGAAAGCGAACGCUGAGGAAUGGUUUAUGGCUUCCAUCCGCGCCAACCCUUCCCACGCGGCUUCCUACACUGCGCUUGGUACUUGCUACUCCUCCGCCAACCCUCCCGACCACGAACGCGCCCUCAAGUGCUACCAGCGUGCUUUCGAGCUCGAUGCUACAGAGGCGUAUGCGGCGCAUAGGUUGGCUGUCGGUUAUGCGAACGAAGAUGAGUGGGCGCAGGUGAGAUUGAUUGCUGUCAGGGUUAUGGAGGGUGAAGGCGGUCUGGAAGGUGUCGCCGGAGGGGACGCUCUUGGUACCAAGGCCAGAUUUGCGCCGCAGAACGGAUGGGCUUGGAAGGCACUCGGUGCGACCGAGAUGCACUAUAAAAAGUACGACAAGGCCGCGGAAGCCUACCAGAUUGCCCUCCGUGCUGACCCCGAAGAUGUAUCAACCUGGGUUACUCUUGGUGAAGCCUACGUCAAGUGCGGACGUCAUACCGCCGGCCUCAAAACCUUCUCCCAUGCCCUCACCAUCGACCCUGCCAACUGGCGAGCGUUGUUCGACAUUGGUCAGACACAGAGUCAGCUCGGCGCGUUUGACAAGGCAAUCGAGGCGUAUGGGCAGGUGAUGGACAUUACUGGCGGAGAGGAGGUUGGGAUCGUUGCCGCAUUGGCGGAGGCGAAUCUAUCUUCCGGGAGACAGACCGGCGCUGGAGGAUUCCGCGUCAGGUCUAGGGGUGCUUUCCACCGGGCGAUCGAACUCGCUGUCAAGGUGCUCAAGACGGGCAGGACGCAUCGUGCUUGGGCGUGGAAGCUCAUUGGCGACGCUACAUUCGAGCUCAGCUGGCAAGAAUCGAGCAUUGAGGAGGCCCAGGCUUCCUUCGAGUAUGUGCAGCCUGUGCUCCAAUUCCUUGUUGAGGACGAUGCCGACAAGCGAUCCAAUGUUCCCGGCGUCGGCCACGCUGCCAACCUCCUACAAGAAGCUGUCUCUCUCAGCACCACACUGAAGACUGCCAUAUUCGCGUUCGCCUACCGGGCUCAUUUGCUCAAGAACGAGCCCCGAGUGGUUGAUCCCGCCUUGUACGAUUAUGCUAGUGCUUUGCAUACACUCGCUAGCAGACUCGACGACGGAGAGGAGAGGAAGCAGUGCCUCAGGACUGCCAUCAGCGCGAUCCGGACUGCUCUUGACCGGGAUGCCGGAGACGAGAGGCUUUGGAAUGCUCUUGGCGUCAUUUGCGCCACAGCUGGACCCCAACUUGCUCAGCACGCCCUAGUGGUCUCUCUCGAGCUUUACACGAAGGACCCCGUUGUUUGGGUCAAUUUGGGUUACUUGUACCUCAGACUUGACGAUCGUGAGCUCGCUGGGCAAUGUUUCCUCAAAGCUCAGGUCAUGGACCCGGACUAUGCACGGGCAUGGUAUGGCCAAGGUCUAUUGGCUGAUAGGAAUGGGGAGAAGGAACAGGCGAAAGCGCUUUUCUCACAUUCUGUCACGCUAUCGGCUCAGGCUCUGCUUGAGGCGGAUCUGGCUUUGGCAGCUGCCACUUUUGCUCGCUUCCUUUCGCCCACUUCUGCGAUCGACGCUGGUAUCCUUCACCAGCCCGCUUUCGCGCUUAAGCACUACUGUCACCAGAGGCCACAAGACUAUACUGCUGCUCACCUAUACGCCCUGAUCUGCGAGAGACUGGGCCUGGUCGAGGAGGCUGUUUCGUCGCUUGAGAGGACCGCUAUCGCGCUGGAGGAGGAGUUCGAGAGGGCUGAGAGUGCAGAGAUUGAACACUUGUACGCCGUUGCGUUGUGCAAUCUCGGACGAGUCCGACUCUCUACUGGACAGUAUGCAGAAGCGCUGGAAGCACUUGGCAACUGCUGGGAGCUUGUUGCUGGCUCCUCAGAGGCUGCGUCUGCUACUUUGAAACCGCAGUGUAAGCUUCUCCAAGGCUUGGCGCACUACUGGCUCGGGCAGACGGACGAAAGUCUCGAAUCAUUCCAGGCGGCUUUAGAUGAAGCGACUGCGAACCAGGAUAUGGAGGUCAAGGAGGAAGUGGCGGUCUUGCUGAGUCGAACGCUCUGGGGCUUGGGCGGAGAGGAUGCAAAGGAGAUCGCAAAGAGCAAUCUUCUGGAGUGUCUGUCUCGAGAGAACCCCUCGCUCAGAGUCAUCUCGACCCUCGCCGCUAUCGCCGUCGUUUCUGCUGAUUCCGACCUCAUCGAAGCAUCCAUGUCUGAGCUGCUUUCUCGACCCAUCUCAGAGCGUGUACAGGACUCGUCCGACCAGGGCGAUCUCGUCCUCUACCUCCACAAUCUCGCGGAAGGCCGAGAAGAAGAGGCAUACGAGGUGUUGCAGGAUGCUGCCCGUGCCGCUCCUGGAUCGCAAGGGAUCAGAAACAGGCUCGCAGAAGCGUUGAUCAAGGCGAGCAAGGCUGGUGAUGCUCUCAAGGUCCUCGAGGUGCCAGGAGGAAAGAAUGGAACCGUCGAGUCAAAGGCAGAAGAGGACAAGCUACGAGGGUUGGCAGAGUUGCUCGAAGGAGAAGGCAAGGGAUUGAGGAAGUUGAAGAGGAGUGUGAUGCUGGCCCCAUGGGAAGAAGAGAAUUGGCAUGCCCUUGCAUGGGGAAAGAAGGUCGCCGAUGAGGCCGGCCUGGAGGAGCAGCAGCAGCAGCAUGACGAAGUUGAGCAGGAGGAAGUGCAGUCUAGUGUUCAGAUUGCUUAAUCGAGCAUGCAUCAUUGGUCUAUAGUGCCCCGCCCCGUGUGGAAGACCUAUGUCCAACAUCAAGCCAGAAGAUAGAAGACAUCCUCGACCUCCGAUUUGACCGCGAGGUGGCCGCAUGUCUGAUGUCUCACAUCCAUGAUUUGC